GACAACUACAGUAAAUUUUGACAAUUCAUUUUGCUCUCUUGUUGCAUCUUUAUUCUUACCAAUUUUUUUACUUAUAUAUGUAUUAUACUUUUGUUUUAAAAUGAGUGUAUCAAAGCAAAAUACUUCAUUCAAUUUAUCGGUUUCUUCGUCUCAUAUGGACAAUCAUGAAGACAAACAAACAGUACAUGUGAGAAAUUACAUUAAAGAUUUGUUGAAAUCGCGCAUAUUCUUAGGUCGCUAUCUCGAAAGGAGGCUUAUUGAUCAACGUAUUGGAUAUCGUGACGUCGUUUUAGUCAGUCCAGCAGAAGUAGACCUCAAGAGGGACUUGGAAGAGGCACAGCAUAAACUUCGAACUAUAUAUCCAAGUAUUCAUUGGAUCGGAAUUUCUGACUCUGAAGUUUUAGGCCAUACGUCUGGUAUUUGUCUCUGGACAGAGAUAGACAACCAACCUUUCGGUCCAUUUUGGUUUCAAAUAAAAAACAUAAAAUUUCGAGAUAUUGAAAUUAUUGUUAUGUUAAAAUGUGUGAGACAUAUAACAGAUUCUUACUUAGAGAUAGAGCCAAUACUUACAGGAGCGGUCAAAAAACCUAUACAUACAAGUGAAGGGAAGCAAAUGACCAUUGAAUCUGCAAUUAGUGACACAUAUGGAGACAUAGCUAAACAAUUUAAAGGUGCAUUAUCAAUAAAAAAUGCAAAAGAAUUCUUAACUUUCCUAUUUGCGUUUGUAAUUGCAAUAUUCACAGGAAGUACUGCUUUUAUUAACUUUAUAGGUAACUUUAUUUUGGCUUUGGUCAGAGAAAUGUCUAUUUUAAUUAAAAAUUCAACACCAAUGUUUUUGGGAUUCUUAGACUUCUUGAGCAAGAUAGUUGGCGGUUUUUACAUAUUAAUAGCAAUGUUUUUUAAGCCUAAUUCUCCGAACCCUUUGAAUAAGAGAAGUGUUGCAUAUUAUGAAAGAACUCCCCAAAAUUACGACCAUAGAAAUUUUGACUGAUAUAUUAUAAAUAUUUUUUGUAUGUGAUAAUUUUAUUUGGAUCUCAGUAAAUAUUGCUAUAAUACAAAAAUAUUUAGGGAUACUAUUUUGGGGAACUAUUUUAUUUUAAUAUAUUUUGGUAUUCAUGCCUGGUGUUCAAGCUUGAUAAUGUGAAUAACUUAAUUAAUUAUAAACAAAAAUAUUCAUUUGAAUCAAUAAAUAUGUAGCUUUAAAAAAAUUUAGUUAGUAACAUUGAUUUCAAUGAAAAUGGUGUA